UAAACAAUUCGAUUGAUCCAAAAUUCCAUUUUCCCGCAUUAAAAAUAAUGGAAAAGGAGCUUUUUAAUGCUGCAUUUGCAGGUGAUACAAAUACCCUAACUCUGUUGCUUCAGAAGGAUGAACAUCUUCUUGAUAAGAACAAUUUGAGUCGGGACGAACGGAAUGCACUUCAUAUCGGCGCAAUGUUGGGUCACGAAGGAUCCGUGAAAGCGAUUUUGGAAUCGAAUUCGCCGUUAGUCGCGACAAAUGUGUUUGGCUCGAGAUCGAGAUGGCAGAAACCCUAUACAUCUUGCUUGCUGCCAUGUAUGGCCAAGUUGGGAUCUUCAACCGGCUAAUUCGAAAUUACGAUGUGAUAAGCAGCGCUUGAAGGAACGGAUGGGGGUGGUGGGACAAUAUGUCAUUUGUGCAUCAAGUACAAUCAAGUGGAGGUCCUGAAAUCACUACUUUGUGCAUUUAGAGAUCCUGAGUUUGUAAUUUCCAAAAUUGAGACUGGUAUCACCGUUCUUCAUCUGGCCAUUCUCUCUAACCAAAAUCAGGAGUAAGCGGGAGAUGAUUAUUUACUUGAUAAACAAUUUUCCUAUAUUAGUGAACCAAAGGAACACAAAUGGGAAAACUGCAUUGGAUCUUAUCCUAGAACAAGGCGGAGUCGACCCUGAGAAAUUUCAUAAACUUCAUAUCCGAAAACACAACUGGUAAUGCAUGGUAAUGUGGACGUAGGAAUUCUACAGUCCUUGGCUGAUGCUGGAGCAGUAAUAGGGAGAAAAGCUAUCUCCAAUCAGGUCCGGCACGCCAUGAAAUGGCAACAUUUUAUAAAGAUUACUGAAGAUAUCAUGGUUGUGGCUUCCCUUAUCGGAACCAUUGCUUUUCAGUCAACGGUAAGCCCACCGGGCAGGGUGUGGCAAGAAAGCCUGCUAGAAGGCCCAGCCAAACACACAGUUGGAGAAGCAGUUAUUCCACAGACAUACCCGUAUUUGUUUAAGCAGCUAAUCAGGGCUAAUGCAGUAGCAGUUGUUUCGUCGUUGUGCAUAAUUAUGGUGUUGCUUCGUGGAUCUACCACCAGCCGGCCGGGUCCGAUUUAUCGCACCUUUGUCUUGGCUCAUGUGGUUAUCGAUUGCGGCAACUACUAUAUCUUUUGGUAUAUCACUUGUUGUGGUGGUACCGAAAUCGGAAAAGGGAAGAUUGAGUUCCGCCGGCGAUAUUCUGAUCAUUUUAGUUGCCGUUUGUUGUUUUCCUGCACUGUUUUGGACCUACCGUUCAUAUGUCAACGUUGGGAAGUGGAUACGUCGUGUUCAACAAAAACCCACCUUCGAGUUUGAUCCAACCCCCUCCUCCCCUUCCUCCUCAGCAAAUUUGAUUCAUACAAAUGCUUCACCUCUAUGGAUUUAUCUAUUUAAAUUUAAAUAGAUACUUAAGAUUCAGUCACAUUAUUCUUUGUAAGUUUUUCUUAUUAAAUUUCUCUAUAUGUAUCGCAAUUCGAUAAAAUUUCA